AGUACACCAGCUCUCAACUGUUUCUCCUGCCAGUCGCUGAAAACACAGCCGAAAUGUACACUUGCCCCGUUGAUCAUAUCCAGGUUUUUCCUGAACGAAACAAAGACUGUUGAGGUAUCAAAACGAGCAUGUUUUAUCUCCUCUUGGAAUACUGAGAGGAAGAAAUCGACUCGGGAAAAGCAGCCGGGGAUCAACACCUGCGCGAGCCCACUUUGACAGCCAGCGUGUGGGAAUGGCAGCUCCACGGCCGAUAAAAGGCAUCCUGAAAAACAAAAAUAAUGCCACCAGCGUUCUGCCGGCGCCUGACUUUCUGGGAGAUAAAUCCGAGCACACUCCCCCACUUUCAGAUGAAGACCAGCAAAAGAAAUCCCAGAAGUGGGAUGAGAUGAAUAUCCUGGCCACAUAUCAUCCAGCAGACAAAGAUUAUGGUCUAAUGAAGAUUGAUGAGCCCAGCACACCUUAUAACAGGAUGGUUGGGGACGAUGAUGACGACGAGGGUGCCUUAAGUGACUCAGAAGGUCGGAGUGCACUCCCAGUAGAUGACUUGACGUCAAAGCUUCAAGCAGCAGAAGGCUUAGAACCGCGAUUUAUGAAAGAGGAAGAAGAGGAAGUAGAAAGUAGUGAAGAGGAAGAAGAGGAGCUGUCCCCUGAGAAACAAGCCAAAAAGGAGCAUUUUCAAAUGAUUAGGAAGAAGCACUACAAUGAGGGCCUCAAUAUCAAGCUGGCUCGUCAGCUCAUUGCCAGCGAACUCGAGGAGGAUGAAGACGAGGAGAUGAGGGAUGAAACGGAGGAGGCAGAGGAGAUCAAUGUUGACCCACCACAGGAAGCUGAUUCUCUGGACUCGUAAAUGAGGUGUCCCUCUUCGUUCCAGUGUGUGUCGGCUUGCCAUGCUGACAGACAACAUCACUGCGCCAUGUGUUAUUAAUGUCAGGCCAAACACCAGACACUGCUUCACCCAUUUAACUCAACUAAAGAGCCAGUAACCUAACCUUCAAUUCCCCAAUCUACACAACUACAAAAAGUGCAAUAGAACCUCAGAUUUAGUGGAAAAGGUCCAACGCCGAUGCCAUGAAGGUCCCAACAUCCCUCCUCACUGAACUGACAUGCACUGAAUAGAAUAUGAGUGUUGGAGGAAUUGAAGACCUUUGAGGGAAAAUAGCUCGGACUUCCUUCUCUACAUGCCCUAGUGCGAGAAGGUCAAGCAAAGGGAAAUCCCCUCUGAUGACUAUGCUUGUACCAGCUGCAGUUCAGAUGGACAUUGAAUGUGUGACUCAUUGUUAGGUUUCACUCAACUAACACUGGCAAGAAAUGCAGAAUGGGAGGUCAGCUUGGUCUUUAUCGAGAGAUGCUGGCAGCAGAUGUUCACAGCCUCCCACUGCUCCUCUUUUUAUAUGACAAAAGGAGCAGGAACAAAUUAACAUACAAUACAUUCACUUGUAAUUGGGCAGGUCUAGAAAAUACUCAGUUUACAGAAAACUGAGCUACCCUCAGUCCUUGACUGAUAUAAUCAGUGGUCACAUUUAGUCUCUUCAACAGUACAAGAGCUGUGCUACAUACAGAGAUCAUUGGAAUAUAUGACAUUAAUGUACAAGGAAAAAUUAAAUCCCAACAAUGUAAGGAAGGCCUAAAAUGAGUUAACAUGUUGUACAAUUUCCCUAACACUCAUAAUGCUCUAGUUUAUUUUGACAACAUUGUUGAUAGUUUUAAUUUGACGUCCAUAUUUGCAAUUGUAUUAAAGCGGAACUUCAGGGUUUUUGACAUCAGGGUUAAUUUUCGAGUUAGUAGGGGUUUAGUUAGUUGGUGGAGUUGAUUUGAACAAAUUCCAUUUCGUUUGCAAGUUAUUUGUUUGUUUCUAUAGUGGCUAAGCUAGCGCGAGUCAAUGGCACCUUAAUAGCACGCCAAUAAAAAAACGAUACAGAUCUACGAACAGAUCCAUCAUAGUCAAAUAAAUUCAAAACACAGAUCAUUGUUUCAAAACAUCCACGCAGCCAAAACAAUGUCACACCAAACUGCCGUAAUUCAUUUCAUUCCGCAGCACUAUUUUUUUUAGAUGCAUAAUACGGCCCCAAUAAAGAGGAGUGCUUCGGUCACUCAUUCUCACGCUGCAGUCGAGGAAGGUGGGAAGUCUGACUUAUCCCGCUCGGAGGGUACCAGUUGUGACCUUAAAGCAUUCCAAGCGAAUGUAAACAGAAAAGAUGGCUGAUUGCCACAAGUUGUUUUUUAUUUUGCCCUUCAAAAGACAUUUUGACCUCCAGCAAACCUGACUUCUCAUAAGCGAUCAAAAAGUGGAGGAGUACUAAUGAUAUUUUUCCAGAUGGGAGGUUGGAAACUCUUGACUUCCCACCUUCCUCGAAUGCAGCAUCAGUCUGCUGAGUUAACUGAUGGCCAGCAACAUGGCAAAAUGUGCAUUUAGAGGCUGUGGAAACAUAUGGAAGAAACGGGCAAAGGGAAGUUUCCACAAAUUCCCUUUGAAGAACGAGGAAAAAUAUAAACUGGUCACUUGCUGCUGGUUACGACAUUAAAAAAUCAGCGGUGAAAAAAAAAAAACGAUGUGAUAUCACUCUGCCCUGCUCCUUUGCAGAGCUUCUGGAUUACAAAUGUUGGUGUUCAUACUGCAAUUAUUGACGUGCAAUGGUAAGUUUUAAUAACUUCAUCCUGAAAACAUAGCCAACACUAUUGAUUGCAUGAGUCAUCGAUGAUUUUCAUGUGUGCAUAUGUUGUUUUUUAUUGACAUGCUAUAAUGGUGCCAUCGACUUGCACUAGCUUAGCCACUCCGGCCCUGAAACUAACAAAUAACUUGCAAACGAAACGGAAUUUGCUAAAAUCAACUCGACCAACUAACUAAACCCCCGCAAACUCGAAGAUUAAGCCUAAUGUCAAAAAUCUUGAACUUCCGCUUUAAGUCUGAAGCUGACUUUCAUAAAGCAAAUCAACCAACAGGUUUGUUUUCUUCAUGUGAUUUUUGGCUCAUUACAAAGCACCAAACCGCAAUUAUCAUUUUAGGGUCAAUGUCUUUCCUUUUGAGUGAAUAACUUUUCUAAACACGGAAAGAUUUAACAGUAGUUUUCUUUAAAGAAGCACUUUUUGCAUGUAAUGUUAUUUUUUUACUCUGCACCUCAAACAGAUGAGUGAAAAACCCAGGACUGAAGUUCCAGCUCCAGUUUCCCCAUUGUUCUUGGGUGGAGUAACAAUGUUGCAUAACAUCCAAGGACCGAAAGUAUUAAGUUACACCAAAAGGUUGACUAGCACAUGUUGUCCAUAGCAUGGUCAAAUGUCAGAGGAAAUACGUUUAUAUCACUUAAAUUCCACCAAUGUUCAUUAUGCUUUGAUCGUUUUGAUUUUCCAUUAAAUCUGAGCUGAUAAUUUAAUAGUAAUUUCUAACAUUGAACAUUAAAUGAAUGGCCUACUUGAUUU